AUGGAGGUCAGUGUCCUUCUGGAACCAGGCCCCCAGGUGCACAGCACCUAUAAGAGGUGCUGGGUCAGUGAGGAGCAGAGGCGCGUUCUGCCCUGGGCGCUCCGCGAAGCGCGGCCGCUGAGGAACCCUGUCCCCUCCGCCGCUCCGUCCGUGCCCAUGGCAACAGCGGAGGCGAGGGCGGCCAUGGCGGCCUCGGGCAGCCCCAGCGUGUUCCUGGUGUCGGUGACCGGACAGAUCGAGAGCGGACGGUUCCCAGGGUUCGAUGAUCUCUACUGCAAGUUCUGCUUCGUGUACGGCCAGGACUGGGUCCCCACCGCGGGCCUGGAGGAAGGCAUCUCCCAGAUCACCUCCACAAGUGAGGUCUCUCCCACCACCCUCAUCUGGAACUUCCCCAUCGACAUCACCUUCAAGAGCACCAACCCAUCAGGCUGGCCCCAGAUUGUCAUCAGCGUCUAUGGACCCGACUUCUUUGGCCAUGAUGUGGUCAGGGGCUAUGGAGCUGUUCACGUCCCCUUCGUGCCCGGAAGGCAUACGAGAACCAUCCCUAUGUUUGUUCCAGAGUCCACGUCCAGGCUGCAGCAGUUUACAAGCUGGUUCACAGGGAGACGUCCGGAAUUCACUGACCCCAGAGUGGUAGCACAGGGAGAAGGGAGAGAAGUGACCAGGGUGCGUUCUCAAGGCUUUGUGACCAUCUCCUUCAACGUAGUGACCAAGGACAUGAAGAAGUUGGGCUAUGAUGUGACCCCGAGUGACAUGCAGGACCUGACAGAGGGGAUGCCCAUGUACUGAGCUGGGCCAUGAGGGCUUCAAAGGUUGACACAGUUCAGAGCUUUGGGGCCUGUUGUGGCAAAAUGAAAUGGGCACCUGCCUAUGCUGAGGAAUCUCAUUGGAGACAUCAAAAUGUCAUCAUUAUUAGGAAUAAUUUCAUUAUUCCAAAAGAAACAGAAGCCCGUGAGGCUUUGGAACAAUUACUGUCAUCCUUUCAGUAAGAUACAGGUUGGAAUGCUAUGUAAAUGAAUGUUAUCAGCUAUUAUUUAGCCUUUUUAUAUCAGACUAGCUCAAAAUAAGACCUGUACAAAUACUUUUUAACAGCCUUUUGUACACUUUUUAUACACAUCAAGAAUAGGACAGUUCAGAGUUGUCGCAGUGUUCCUGGGUUUACACCAGCAUUGCAAACCCAGGGCUCUUUACUGAUGCUUUUUGUGGUAGAAAUAGGAAAUGGGAAUUGCUGCACCUUCCAAAAAGGAAGGGAUGUGGAACUGGUCCAGUAAGAUGCACACAGUAAGAUGCAGAAGCAGCAGCAGUUCCCUUUAUAAUCCCACAUAGACCUUUAGAGUUUGUGCAACUGCUUCAUGCACUGCAGACACAAACCUGCCCCACAUUUGGCAGCGAAGCAGCCUGUGCCUUUGCAUCUACAGCAAGAUGCUGCCUCUUCCAGGUUUCAUUUCUGCAUCAAGGGAAUUAAAUAGGGCAGCAGUUUUAGUUUAGAGGCAUUAAAGAGCCCCUGGUGUUAAAUGUACCCUACCCUCUGGUACAUUUUAAGUGCAAAUAUUGAUUAAAAACUAGGUUUUGGAGAAGGCUCCACAAAGGAAGUUGUGUGUGGUCAUGAGCAGGAUUUAGCUCCAGAUUGGGUACCAGCUGCAUUGUGCUGCACAGGAAGGGAGGGAGGCAGCAGAAAUCACCUCACACAGGUACCAUACCAUGGCUUUCCUUGGCUGGUUUGCUUAUCAGGAGGGCAAUUAAAGCAGCAAUAUAGUGAUGUCCAAGUGAUGUACUCAGGCAUUCCUCCCAUGGCAUAACCUCAGAGCAGGAGUGGACACAUGUUGGUUGUUAUUAGUGCAUCACAGGAGCUCCAAUGCUGCAGCAUGAGGGCACAGAGCCACGUGGGGCUGAAGAGCUGCUCCUUUGUGGUGAUGUUAGUGCUCUUCUUUGGGGCUGAAUAAACCCAAUUGUCUCAAUGUAUUUGUCUUGCCCCUGCUAGGUUUUGUUACCUGUUUGUGCCAGGAUGUUCUGAAGUCCUCAGUCAUCCAAGAUCUUCUUCCAGGUACCAAAGAGAAGUGGAUGCUACAAUGAAAUGACUCUUACUUCCCCAUUUGUCUAUCUGUUUGGCCAUGUAACCUCCUGUGUUUGACUGCAAACACCAAAAGAUGACUGCAAGAACAGCUUAACACAAAACCACCCUGUAAGGGACCAACCAAGGCCUUGGGACUGUAAGAAUACAAGUGAUACCACAGCAUUGAACUGCAGAGCCAGGACACUGUCAGAUGUAGUUAGAGAUUACUUCAUAGCUGAGUGAGUAAAUGCGAUGUAUUCACUAUGUAUUGAAUAAACACAAG